AGGUGCUGCGCAUGCUCGGCCGGCCGGCCCGCCCGCCCUCCCGGGUUCAGCUGUCAAGCGCUGCGAGGCGGACGAACACGCGGCGGGCACGGGAGGGCGAGCAGUCGGUGCGGGAAAUGGGAAAGUUGAAGUGAAGCGGGUCCGGUUUCAAUCCGGGGGAGCGGCAACGACCAAACUAGGGGAAGGGGAAAACCCUGUGAACCCUUGAAGCGAAGAUGAGGCGGGUGCCGCCACCGACCGCCGCCUACUUGCUGCUGCUGCUGGCGGGCCGGGCGGCCGCCGUGAUCUCGGAGCAGAUGAACGUGGAGGAGCCGGUGGAGGCGGCGGUGAACGUGUCGUACGUGGAGCCGGAGAGCGGGCAGCUGCAGCCGGUGCUGGGCCGAGCUGACGGCGGCCGCUACGGACGCGACUCGCCCAAGGAGGACGUGCCGGGCGGCAUGGUGCUCGCCCCGGCCCGCGACCGCCAGGGCUGCGAGCCGCACACUCGCUUCGUCGUGCCGCCCGACACCCGGCGCUGGAUCGCGCUGCUCCGCCGCGGAAACUGCACCUUCAAGGAGAAGAUCCUGCGGGCGGCGGCGCACAAGGCCACCGCCGUGGUCAUCUACAACAACUCGAGCGAGGAGAACCUCGUCACCAUGUCGCACAAAGGAACUGGUAACAUAGUGGCCAUCAUGAUUUCUGAGCAGAGGGGUCGUGAGAUUCUGCGCUAUGUGGAAAGAAACUUCACUGUGUUGAUGUCCAUCGCAGUUGGAUCAUCACAUUCUUCGAAGUAUAGCCGUGGCUCUCUGGUCUUCGUCUCCAUAUCUUUUAUUGUACUGAUGAUCACAUCACUGGCUUGGCUGAUCUUUUAUUUCAUCCAGAAAUUCAGAUAUGCAAACCUACGUGGGCGCAAUCAGCGUCAUUUGGGAGAUGUUGCCAACAAAGCCAUCAAGAAGUUAACCACAAGGACAGUUAAAAGGGGAGAUAAGGAAACAGAUCCAGAAUUCGAUCACUGUGCAGUCUGUAUUGAGGGAUACAAAUUUAACGAUGUGGUCAGAAUUCUGCCAUGCAAGCAUGUCUUCCACAAACAGUGCGUUGAUCCCUGGCUAAAUGAACACUGUACUUGCCCCAUCUGCAAACUAAACAUACUGAAGGCACUGGGAAUUCUGCCAGAAUUGCAAUGUGCAGAGAAUUCAGCAUUUGACAUCGAUAGAACGGCUAGGGGAUCACUUGCCAACCAGAGAUUUAUGCCUACUGAUGUCACUAGUGAUGGUUCCAUCAGUCUCGAGCCACUACGAUUCUUGGGGAGUUCGCAGAUGGGUCAGGAAGAAGAAUUUGUACCACGAACCAGGGAAAUGAAUAUCACCAUAACCAGCUAACAGGUUUCAUCGGCCUAAUUGCGAGGGAGCCCUGUCCAGCCAUCCGUAGACUGCUGGUGUGAGACUCGCUGACUAAAAGCUACUUCCCUCUUUUAAAAUGCUGGUUGCUUUGAAGAUUGGUGCCACCAAGUGGCAGAAAAUAUUUCUCACUUCAUACUUACAGUUGCUUGGUCCUGGGAGGUCAGGAUUUGGUGCUAGUCCACAUUCAAACUUAUCUGCUUUUCAUUUGUCUUAGUGUACUUCAACUUCUCUCAUUCCCCCCAACCCUCUCCCUCCCCAUCCUCCCCUCCCAAAAUUGUUCAUUCUAUGAGCUUUUAAUGAAAAUGUAAGUAUUUUUCAAAAAAAAUUGUUUCAUUUGAAACAUUAAAAAACAUAAGAUUCCAAUAAUUCCAAUGUCUUCUUUAUUCUUGUCAUGUCAUAUUAAAAUCUUUCUGCUGCUUUCCGUGAAACUUUUUUAAAUGACUGGACUAGCGGAUGGAGUUAUGGAUUGUUGCAUGGUUUUCUUUGAAGCAUACAUCUUCAAUAAGACUGAGGUGUAUUGAUCUGAUAAUUGUGCAACACUUUCUGAUGUAUUAUCAAUUUCUGAAAGCAAUUUGUAAUGAUGUCGGUGUACUUCUGAGCUUUUAUGUCACAAGAUUUACUCAACAACCUUCUUGCUGCUCUAACAUAAUGCCUGUUUUGCUGAAUAAUAUCUUGCUUGUUUCAUUGGUCAAAUAUCAAUACAGAAUGUGAGAAAUAUUGCCAUUCAUGUGACUGACUAGGUUUUUCUUCUAAAAUAAAUUAAUGUCUGGCUCCUGUAAGUCACUGAAUUGCUUAAUGUCCUCACAUUACAUUCAGAGGGCAGAUUUAAGAUGAUAGUUUACAAAAAGUAAUCAUAAAUUAAUGAAGAGACUUUUUAAAAUAAAGUGAUUUAUUAUUAUUUGAAAUAUAUUGCCUGAAAAGACAGCAAAAGCAUAUCUCUAGAAGUAUGAUUACCGUUAACUAUUACUGUCUGGUUUGAUGCAGUGGCCUCUCACAAUAUUCGAAAACUACGGCGAACUGUCAGGUCAGCAGAAAAGUCUACCAUCACUAGAACAAAGAAGCAGGCAGGAAAAAUCAUUGUUCAUGCUACUAAUCCUGCAGAUUACCUUUUCCAACAAUCCCGUUCUGGAAAAGACUAUAGGACUAUUAGAAUAAAACUUCACAUAUCUUAAAAGUUUCUUCUUCCAGGCAGUUAACCUGAUCAACAAUUCUAGUUAGCUCCCCUCACCAACCCCCCUCUAUUACCCCUGUAGUGUAAACACUAUAAACCACUUCUUAUACAACAGUUUGCAUUCUAAGUACAUGCAGGUAUCUCUGUAUUUAUGUACAUUUUAUUUCAUAUCCAUGCUUUA